AUGCGGCUAUAUAAAGCUCCCGGAGUGACCGUGCAGCUAGCAGAAGAGUAUAAUGGAUGGGUUUGUCUUCCCCACCUGGCCUCCUGCAGGCCUCCCUCCCCGGCGGCCUCCUUCUCCACCGCCGGCCACAACCAGGUGCUCCAGUUCGCCCCACGCGAGGUCCUGGGGCAAUGGUGGCCGGGUGACCCCGGGCUGCAUGAGCCCUUGGGUGGCGCCGCGACGGGCGACGGGGGCUCGAGCUCGGUGGGUAACGACGUUUUUUGGAGCUCACCGGCGCCGGCGGCCAAGAGACGGGGCCGGAAGCCCGGGCCCCCCCAGACCGACGAGCCCGCCAUCAGCCACGUGGACGCCGAGCGGCAGGGGCGGGACAAGUUCCACCGCCUGUUCUGCGAGCUCCGGGCCGCCGUGCCCACCGUGUCCCGGAUGGACAAGGCGUCCAUUCUUGCCGACGCCACCGCCUACAUCGCCGAGCUGCGCGGCAGCGUGGAGCAGCUCGAGGCCAAGGCCAGGGAUGCUGUGGCGCGUCAUGGCGCGCCGCCCUCCGCCCCCGCCAUGACGACCGCCUCCCAUUCGUUCAGCAGCCUCGAGGACGAGGGGAAGCUCGAGGUGCGAAUGGUCGGGCCGGAGGCGGCGGCGCGCCACGCGCCCGCGCGCCUCAUGGACGCGCUCCUCUCCCUGGAUCUGCCCGUGCGCCACGCGUGCAUCUGCCGCGUCGGCGGCGUCACCGUGCAGGAUGCCGUCGUGGACGUACAUCGUGCACUCUUGGAUUGUCAUGGAAUUAGUUAAUUUCUCCGGCCAAUCCUAAGGGUUAGUUAUUUACUCCCAAAUCAUAGGUCGUUUUAACUUUAUUAGAUUUAUAAACUUUGUUAUGCACCUAGAUAUAUUCUAUGUCUAUAUGUAUAAUAAUAAUAUCUAUGCAUGUACAAAAGUUAAAACGACCUAUAAUUUGGGAUGGAGGGAGUAGUUUCAACUCAAACUAAAUAUCAAAACUUCCCAAUGAAAUAACUUCAGUUGAGCA